AUGGCGGCGGCGAUCGCUCUUCUGCUCCUACCCCUCGGGCAGGCGGAGGAGAGGCCCACUGCGGCGCACCCGCACGGGCUCCCAUUCGAGAGCCCGCUCGCGCUCUCGCCGGCUGCCUACGACUUCUUCCACCCCAGUGUGCGCGCCCGGCGAGCGCACGGCGUCGCCCCAGCGCCAGCGCUCGCGCCGCGCGGGCAGCGGCAGCAGCAGCAGCUGAGGGAGUCCGCGGUCAGAGGAGCUACGGCGAGCGUGGCGAGGGCCGACCAGGAGGAGGGCAGCGUGGCACCCGUCAGGACGGUCCGGCACCGCACGGUGGCCGGCGUGUUCGUGGGCGCCGCCGCGGCGGCGCUAGUGGCUGUUGGCGUGGCGUACGCCGUGGGUGCAUUUGGUUGA